UAGAUGCCCCAAAUCCCCCUCCCAUGUCUCUACUCUUCUUCCUUCCCAAGCCUUAAGAGCAGAAAGAGAAAUAGCCAUGCCUACAAUUUCUCCGAGAUCAUCUCCAUCACUUGGGCUUCUAUCACCAUUCCCUCCAGAAGCCAAAUCUUCAAGUUUUCGUCUUGUGAAUCCCAAUCUUCUGAUUGCUUUUCCACCAUCAUCAUUCUUUUAUGCAUUUGGGCGGCUGGCAACUUCUCCCAGUGAUCCACCAACUGUAGAUCUUCCACCACCACCAUCACCACCUUCAGAGUCACCAUCAACUGUAGAUCCUCCACCACCAACAUCACCACCUUCACCUCCAUCACCUUCAGAGUCACCGCCGACUCUGCCUUCACCUCCAUCACCUUCAGAGUCACCGCCGACUCUGCCUUCACCUCCGUUGCCUGGGUCAUCACCACAUGGUUCUGAGCCUUCUCCUAGUGGCAAAUCCACUGGAGUCGUAGCCGGAUUAUCUGUUGGUGGAGUCAUGGCGAUGCUUGCUGUAGUUGGCGUCAUACUAUUUGUUUGGCAUAAGAAGAAACGUGGAUCAGGAGAUAACGCAUCGGGAAAUUCAAACAUAAAAACCUCAGACCCGGAGGCUCCAAAUACAAAUAGAGAUAAUCGUCAGAAUUCUCAGCUACAACAAUGGGAACUCAAAGCAUCAUCGCAGGGUUAUGAGGUACCAAUGCUACAAAAGUCGUCACCACCAUUGGAAGCUGAAUCACCACAGCUGCUUUCACCAUCCUACAAUUCAGUGUCUCCAACUCAGAUUUCCAGCAGCAGUGGAGGUUCUGGGUCUGUGCGUUCAGUGUUGGGUAAUCAAUUUAAGCAAUCCUUCUCAACGAAAACAUUCACAUUUGAAGAAUUAGCAGCAGCGACCAAUGGCUUCUCAGAAGCCAAUCUUCUAGGAGUGGGUGGUUUUGGGUAUGUCUACAAAGGGAUCCUUCCUGAUGGGAAAGAAGUAGCAGUCAAGUGCCUAAAAGCAGGAAGUAAACAGGGCGACCGUGAAUUUCUUGCUGAGCUUGAGAUUAUUAGCCGUAUAAAUCACAAGCAUCUGGUAUCAUUGGUCGGGUAUUGCAUUAAAAUGUGUGAAAGAAUGGUUGUGUACGAAUUUGUUCCAAACAAGACCUUGGACUUUCACUUACACGAGAAAGAUCAAUCAACUUUGGAUUGGGCUUUAAGACUAAAAAUUGCUAUUGGAACUGCAAAAGGACUUGCAUAUUUGCACGAGGACUGCCAACCUAAGAUUGUCCAUCGUGAUAUUAAGUCUACAAACAUUCUCCUUGACUCUAAAUUUGAGGCAAAGGUUGCAGAUUUUGGGUUAGCAAAAUUCUUUCCUGAUACUGAAACUCACGUUUUAACCCGAAUAAUGGGAACUUUAGGGUAUCUUGCUCCAGAGUAUGCAUCAUCUGGGAAAGUAACAAUAAAAUCAGAUGUCUAUUCAUUUGGGGUCACAUUGCUGGACUUAAUUACCGGAUACUCCCCACUUCAUGAAUCUCGGUUCGACAUAAAUGUUGGUUUUGUAGACUCGGUGAGACCUAAGCUCACACAAGCUAUAGAAAAUGGCAACUAUGAUGCCGUUGUUGAUCCACGGUUGCAGAAGGAUUACAAUGCCACUGAGAUGGAACGCAUGGUUGCUUGUGCAAAUGCUUGUCUCCGUGUUGAACCCAAAGAUCGACCACUCAUGAGCAUGAUUGUCCAUGUCUUGGAGGGACUCAAGGGUGUUGCAGAACUGCACGUCGUUCAUCAAAUUGCUGAAAGCAACUAAUAAUGGAACUUGCAAUUAAACUUUACACUAUCACUUCAUACUGCAUUAUCUGAUUGAGAUUUGAAACUAGAGACUUCUCUAUUUAUCCUUAUCAAUGGCAUUGACUACUUUAAUAUUA